UUUCUCUCUCUCUCCCUCAGCUUUACCUUUUCCAAACAAUGUCUAUUGUGCUCUCUCUUCAAUACCAGUACUGAAAUCUUCAACACAACUCAACAAUGGAGUUGGAUCUUGAGAACCCAGUAACCAGUGUCAACGAUAAAGAUUCAAACACAGUUCUUUCGCUCUUCCUGAUAGAAUCUGACCAUAUACCCACUCAUCACUACUUAAAGAUGCUUAAAGCCAGAGACUCUGAUGUUUCUGUUCGACGAGAGGCCAUAUCUUCAAUAGAGAAGAUUUCCUGCAACUUUGAUCCGCUGUUAUCAUAUCUGGCUAUUAAUUACUUCGAUCGGUUCCUAUCAAACCAGAGAAUUCCGCAACCGAAGCCAUGGGCCAUUAAGCUUCUUUCAAUCGCCUGUGUUUCUCUUGCUGCGAAGAUGAGGAAAACAGAGCUCUCCUUCACUGACAUCCAGGGUGUUGGAGGUUUCAUAUUUGAUCCGCAAACAAUGCAAAGAAUGGAGUUCCUGGUCCUUGGAGCUCUUAAAUGGCGGAUGCGCUCAAUCACUCCCUUCGCUUUCAUUUCUUACUUCAUUUCUUUAUUCAAACUGGAAGACCCACCAUUGAUGCAAGCUCUUAAAGCUCGAUCCAUCAACAUCAUCUUCAAAGCUCAACACGAUAUCAAGUUUUUAGAGUUCAAGCCCUCUGUAAUUUCUGCAUCCGCACUUCUCUCUACUUCUCAUGAGAUGUGUCCCUUGCAAUAUCCAUGCUUUAGAAACGCAAUUCUUGCCUGUUCAUAUGUAAAUAAGGAAAGCAUGCAACAAUGCUACAAUACGAUGCAGGAAAUCGCCAUUGAUGGAUAUGAUUCAUUGUUUGAUGCGGUGUCAAGCUCAGACACGCCAGUCAAUGUGCUUGACCGGCAUUUUUCUAGCGCAGUAAGUGAAAAGACCAAUGGCACCACAACCAUCACCGCCAAUGGUAGUUCUUCAGUAAGGACAGAGAGAGAUAUUAAGAGGAGGAAAAUCACUGGUCAUUACAACAACAACAAUCAGACGGUCCAGAUUUCGCAGGUCCAACAUUGCUGAUGAGACUGAAAGUGACUCCACUGCUUCAAAUAACAAGAAGAAAAAGAAAAAGAAAAAACAGAGAGAAAGGAGGGAUCAGUGAUGGGUUAGAAAGAAGAAGAUAUUUUCAGAGAGAAAAUCAGUGACUGACUGACUGACUGUUACAAAGUCUUUCUAAAUUUUAAGUACGUCCCAUUGAAAACAAAAGGGUGAUAAGUGAAUUAUAAGAUAAGAAUAAUUUCUUUUUGCACCUUUUGAUAUAUGUUGAGAGACCAAAACAAAGUCAUACCAUAACCUUGAAAUGUAGGGUUCAAAUUUGUGGUAUCUAUUUUGGUCCUAUACUGUCUUUAUGUCUCUUAGUUUCUCGCAAAGGA